ACAGACGGCGGGGUACAGCUCGAUUGCAGCUUGAUUAAGACAAUUUAGAGGAAAUAAAUGACUCGUUGACAAAAUUAUAUCCGCCUAUACAAGUAAAUGAAAUGAAAAUGUGGCUUAUAAAUAUUGUUUAAGUUAUAUUUGCGAGUGUACAACGAGUGCAUCGUGGUAUAAAAAUGUAUUUUCAGUGCAUCGUAGGAGCCAUUUUUACAGUAUUUAUUUUGUGCGUUCAUUGUGAUAAUGCAGUUAAUUACAACGAAAGUAUGAAGAUUUAUGUUCCGUCCGAACCUCUGAAUUUAACAGUUAUCAAUGUGACCAGCGAAAUUAUUCACCUCUCAUGGACCCCGCCAUCCAAUUUCAAUAUCAAAUUGCUUACAACCGCUAAUGAUGCACCCAAACCAGACCCUGACCAAGCCACGGAGAAAGCUAAACAUGAAACCCUUGCCGACGAACCAGUUAAUGACGUGGAACACGCCACCCUAACCGACGCUUCCACAAUCCCAGAGAAAUUAGACUAUUCUCCAUUUCUAUACAAAAACGACAAAUCUAAAUACAACGAUGAAUAUUCAUCAUCAGAUAUACUAUUUGACAAGUCUUAUCGAAGUUUAAGAGAGAGACGAUCCCAUCGGCAUAGAAAGAGACGACAGGACAGCAAUUCAACUGACCCGAGGCUACAUUUAGAGAAAGUUCCAGAAGACACGCACGAAGAGUUUCAAUUACCAAUAGAAGUGGUUAAGAAAGCAUCAGCCAGUAUACCUCAUAAAGAUUUGACACAGAUCGCAUACGUUUUGUAUUACGAACAAGGAGUACCAAGGUAUAAUGCCGCGUCUACCGUCGGUGUGCAAACAUCUACGAAUGUUAAGAGGAAUAACGUAUUCCCAAGUGAUUUGGGAAUGGAAAACUAUUCGAAGGCGACAAGGAAUAUCACAUUGUUGAAUAAAUUGGGCGUCCUCACGAAAGUAGUUGGUUUUCGUUUAAGAAACUUAAAACCAUUCACACCAUACAAGAUAUGGGUGAGGGCUUUCUACAAGUUCUCAUUCAGCGGAGUCAGUUCAUCAGAUCUGUUGGAGCGGUUAGGUCCACAAUCAGAGCCACUGUACGUACUGACAGAUGUCAGGCCGCCGUCAGCACCUAUCAUAUUAAAUCUGACAUGUGAUCAACCUAAUGGUAUUCUUUAUCUUCAAUGGCGACAACCAUUGGAGUACAAUAACUCAUUGGACCAGUACGUGGUGACGGUGCGGAAGGUACCAGAACAACAGCCGAGGACUACACUGAGGCUUCCUACCAACAAAACUGAUAUUGAUACAGCUAUUAAUGUGCCUGUAGAACUCUGGAACGUUUCGCGGUACGAGGUGAAGAUAUUCGCAGUCACCCUCUCUGUGGCUAAACCUGGAACACUCGUUAAUGGAUUAGAAUCACCUCCAGAGGAGGUGUCUAGCGACUCUUGCGUGGCGUACUCGGCCGCACGUCAACCGAGCGAGAUGACGCGUACGAGCCGCAGCGUGGGUACUGCGGCAUUGCUGGCUGUCACACUGCUGGCUGUGCUCGCAGCUGUCGGUGCUGCUGUGCUGUACUGGAGAUGUCGAUCCCGUUUGAGUAAAUGCAUCAGCGCGGCGUACAAUUAUUUAGAAGAGGGAGGUGAGAGAGCGGCGCGGGCGCCACUGAAUGUUUACAAGAAACCCGCGCUGUGCUCUCCGCUGCGUGCGGGCGGUGGUGGGGGCGGGGGCAGCGUGUGCGGGGGCGGGGAGGAGGCGGAGGCGGCGCGGCCCCCCCGCAUGGGCGGGGCCGCACGUCCCCCGCUGCGUGCGCGUGCCUUCGUGCGUCACGUCGCCGCACUGCACGCUGACGGAGACAUCGGAUUUAGCAAGGAGUAUGAAAUAGUAGUAGCGAAGUCAGCAGCUCUCGGCCACACGAGUCAUCACAGCUACCGUCCCGAGAACAGAUUGAAAAAUCGCUACCUGAAUAUUACAGCUUAUGAUCAUUCGCGUGUGUGUGUGUCUGCGGGUGCGCGGUGCGGUGCGGCGGGAUGCGUGGGCGCAGGUCGUGGUGCCGCCUGCGAUUACGUCAAUGCCAACUUCAUAGACGGUAUGCUGCCUGCACUGGACGCACGGGCUGAGAGACGACUCGAACGCAAACUGCAGCGACGUGCCAAACCACAGAGACAACCAUCAGUGAAGCAAUCCAAGCCGCCACCGAAUUUGGCAGAGGGCAUAGAGUCUGCCUUCCUCAACAUAGAGUUCUCCGGCAUCGUGGAGUCGGAAGAGCAGCCCGAGGACUCUGACAGCGACAGAAGUGAUGAUGACAGCGAGUUGGAUGACGUUUAUGUGGAUAUCAAUGGCGUGGCACGUCGUGUGAAGCUGGAGUGGUUGGUGUGGCGGCGGCGGUACAUCGCUACUCAGGGCCCCACCCCCGCCACGCUUGAUGCCUUCUGGCGUAUGAUCUGGCAACACCGGGUGCAUACUGUUGUUAUGAUCACUAAUCUAGUGGAAAGAGGCAGGCGCAAAUGUGACAUGUACUGGCCGGCGGGAGGACGCGGCAGUAGCGCGGAGUUCGGUGGUGUGCGCGUCACCUUGUUACACGAGGACGUGCGCGCCGCGUACACAGUACGUAAGCUGCGCGUGCGUCUCAUACACAAGUGUGAUGGCGUUGAAGAUACUGCAGACAGUGGCCGUAUCAUUCUGCAGUAUCACUACACAGUGUGGCCGGACCACGGUACUCCGCGACACCCUUUAGCCGUGUUACCCUUCGUUAAAGCCGCUUCUGCUGACCCCGGUACCGUGCUCGUACACUGCAGUGCCGGCGUGGGUCGUACAGGCACUUACAUAGUGUUAGACGCACAAUUAAAUCAACUAAAAUUAACCGGUACUCUAUCCCCUCUUGGUUUCCUCUGUCGCGCGCGCACGCAGAGAAACCAUUUAGUACAAACUGAAGAACAAUACGUAUUCGUUCACGACGCGUUACUUGAACACGUAAGGUCUGGAAAUACAGAAGUUGAAUUCGCCAAAGCCAGAGAAUACCUACAGAAUCUUCUAGAAGAUAUCUCAGAAGAAGAAUUAGCGGUCAUGGAUCUUAAUCUAGCUAGACCGAAGAGUGUUAAUGAAGUGAACGGUGAAACAUCUAGUAUCAAAUCCAGUCAGAAUGUUUCCGAUAAAGAUGAAAUGGUGGAUGGAAGUCAAAUAUCAAUAAAGACUGAUGAAUUAAACAGUGAAUUGAGUAAGUCUUCGGUAAGAGAAGAUGAAGAACAGAGUACGGGAUUGGUGAAUGGAGAUGAGUCGGAGGGAGUGUAUGACUUAGCUCCUCGGUCUACGGACACCUAUAGUAAGAAUAUGGCUGCUUAUAAUAAUUUAAAUGAACAAGAGAAGGAAGAGAUGAGACGGGCGAACAGAGCAGAAAACUACGCGUUAUUAGAACGGAUGCGUUCACUUGCCAAUCGCAACAAUGUGUACCAAGGUCCGCCGCCUGUUAACUUGUUAGAAAAACAAUUCCAGUUGAUAACUCGAUCGUGCGUGGAACCGAGCGUGUGCGCGCGCGCACCUCACAAUGCAGACAAGAACCGACCUGGCGGCAUCCUGCCUUCAGACUCUGCCAGGGUUAUGCUCGUGCCCAAACCUGGGGUUGAAGGUAGUGAGUACGUGAACGCGUCCUGGGUAUGCGGAUGGCGACGGCUGCGUGAGUUCGCAGUGGCGCAGCACCCGGCCGGCGCACCCGAGCUGUGGCGCCUGCUGUGGGACCACACCGCACAGAUUGUACUAUUUCUGCACGAUCCUGAUGACCCGGACUGCGAUGUAUUCUGGCCGACGGAGGAGGACAAGGAGCUGUUUGUAGCCAACUUCAGAGCGAGCUUCGUGUGCAAAGAUGUGUACGUAGCGCACAGGAAGAGCGAACGCAAGCCGAAAGAGGCCGAACCCGAAGUGAAUGGCUACAGACGACAGGAGAGCGAGUGCGCGGACGACGAGCGCCUCAUACCUGACAAUAACUCUCCAGUCAUCGACACCGAACCAGCCUACAGGUUCGACAGGACCGAGCUGAGGCUGGAGAGGCUCAGCGCUGGCAGCAGGGACCUCUCAGCAAGAAAGUCAAUAGCCAACGGCGACCUCUUCUCCUCCCUGUCCGAAAAGAAAAACGGGCCCAAAUCUCCAAAGAGCCCAUCGAAAAUGUCCCUUAAAAACUUCAAACUCAGUUCCCCCACGAAGUUCAAAUUCCCCGAGUGGGGGGCACGGACUGCGGGCUCCCCGCCCGACACCGCCCCGCCCCCGCCGCCAGUUGAGCCCGCGCUCUCCGUCGAGGAGGAGACGGAGCUCCGGAGACCAUGUUAUUACUUCGAGAAAGUCAACCAAGUGCCGGACAAUGUGUCAUCCGAUAGGAUUAUCGAGGUUACAAAUGUUAGUGUGCACUCGUUGCAAGACGAUUACCAGCUAAGUGUUAAGUUUAUAAAGUGUAGUGGGUGGCUGGAGGGGGAGACCACGGUGUACUCGGCGGGCAGGCCCGAUGACAACGAGUACGUGCGCGCAGUGCGGACCAGCGCAGGCGCAGAGCGGGACCGUGCGCUUGAUGCACUCAUCGCGCCAUACAAGGACUCCUUCGGCCUCAUUGAGUUCGUCGCCGGCUGUCAGAUGGAGUACAAGAAUGGACCUGUUAUUGUUGUUGAUAAGUACGGAGGUUGGAAGGCGCUAAGUUUCUGCGCUCUGAGCGCGGCGUGCGGCGGUGUGGGCGCGGAGGCGGCGGAGCUGUACUGCAGCUGGGCUCUGUCUGCACACGCGCGCUGCCCGGCCGGACCACAGUCUCCACAGUCCCCACACUCACAGUCACAGUCCCCAAGCUCUAGCAUCUCUCAGGCAGCUCAGUCUCCCCACUCUCCCGCUGCGCUGCUCUCCACGUACUGCGCACUCGCUGCCUACGGGCCUAUGCUUAGUGCACGAAAGAGCUGAACCGGGUAUUGCUGACCGCACCUGAGCUGGUAAUGCACAAUAUAACUUGUACUCAGUGCGUUGUGGUUGCGCUGCUCGACUGUAAUUAGACAAAUUUAGCCAUUUAUUUUGUAUACGGCAGCCAUCUUUCAUUUGACGCGUCAACCUCAAAACGGCGUGAAACUUUUGCUCGGAUCUUUUGGAGGUUAUUUAAUUUAAGUAUUGUGAUUUAUUAAUUUUAAACACAUUUUACAUGUUUAGAUUAUGUGAUUACGUUAAAUAAUUAAUUUUAUUAGUAAAAUUUUAUUUUCAAAUAAACCAUAGACAAACAAAUAAGGAAAAUCGAUAACUUUUUUAUUAUUCAAUUGAGUCCGAGCAAAAGUUUAACGUUAGUUAAACGCUCAAAAUAUUUUGAACAAAAAAUAUCGUAUAGUAGAAAUUAUUAUAAAUAAUUUGUUCGUGUAAGGCUUCUCUUAUGAAAUAAGACGUGGUUGUGUGCGAUAUGAAGAGGCGGCUAAGAACUUUCUAGCAUUUUUUAAUAUAGCCAGCUUGUAGAAAUAUUUAUAUAAUACGAUUUAACAAAUUAUUUGCCA